GUCCAAAGCGUGCAAAUUGCAAUGGCUCCGAUCGUGGUUCGUGAAGUUUGGCAAGACAACCUCGAGCAGGAAUUCUCCAAAAUCGCAAGAGCUCUCCCCUAUCAUUGUUUCGCCGCCUUCGACACUGAGUUUCCCGGUAAAGUCUUCCCUGCUAACAGCCGAAACCACUACUCCCAUCUAUCUCCCGCUGAGAAUUACCUGCAUAUGAAGCGCAACGUGGAUGCCACUAAGAUCAUCCAGUUGGGUCUCGCUCUCUCGAAUGCCAAGGGGGAUUCUUGCUAUGUCUGGGAGUUCAAUUUCAAAGGUUUCGACAAGGAAACUGAUCUUCAUGAUUUGGAGUCCAUCCAGUUACUGGAGCGGCAGGGGAUUGACUUGAAUAAGAACCAAGAAAAGGGUAUCGAAUCUAAGGAGUUUGUGAGGCUAAUCGUUAACUCUGGCCUCUUGUGGAAUUCCAACAUCACUUGGGUCACCUUUCACGGUGCAUAUGAUUUUGGGUACUUAAUCAAAAUGUUGAUUGGGCGAAAACUGCCGUAUGAUCUCAUGGCGUUUAUGCGUUUGGUGCUAUACUUCUUUGGAUACAGGGUGUUUGAUAUCAAACACAUCAUCAAGUCGUGUCAGGGGCUCUAUGGCGGUCUGGAGAGGGUGGCCAACACUCUUGGGGUUGACCGUGUUGCUGGGAAGAGUCACCAGGCGGGUUCGGACAGUUUGCUCACCUUGCAGACAAUAAUGAAACUCAAUAAUGUUUAUUUCAUGGGUAAAUUUUUGAUGCAUUUUGGGUUGACCCUAUACACUUUAGAAGUGGAUGAUGUUAUUCCAAUUCCUCAAUCAAAAGUUGCAGAUCUGAGACCUGGACCAGCUAAAUCUUCUCAGAAUGGGAUGCAAAGUUCUGAUUCAUUUCAACAUCUAUAUGUUGGUCAUCUGCAUAUUCGAGUUCUUGAUGGAUAUGCUUCUAGUUCAUUAAAGUGA